AUGUGUGCCGCAGAUGAAGUUUUCUUUCAGGGCCAGAUUCUCCCCUUGCGCUUCCAACAGUUAAAGCGAUGCGAAUCAAUGUCCGAGUUUCGUAGCAAUAGCAGCAGAAGCAGCAGCGUUAGAAGCCAAAACUCGUCUAGUAGCAGCUACAGCUACUCCACCACCGCCACUACAUCCCCAAGAAUUUCCAAACCCAGAAUUCAAAAUCAUCUCCACUCGCAUCCAAGUCCUCUACCUCAAUUGAAGGUAACCCUUCCAAGACAAACAAGCUUCGUUAAUCACGGUAGAAAAUCAUCAUCAGCGUGGGAGUUUUUCCGUCUCGGCGUGGUGCCUGCACCUGAAAUAGCGUUGCAAGAUCUCAAGGUUCGUGGUACCAAUAGUGUCAAUAAAAAUUACAUGGGUCGCAGCAGCAACGUUAAUUCUAGUACUAAUAGCACCGUAAAAACGAGUUACCGCACUGAUCACAUCGGUAAGAAAAAUCACGUUUUGGAAAAGUUUGCUGGCAUAGGCAGUGGUUUUUGGAGUGGCUGCAAAUGUUCCGUUGAAACAGUGCAAUCGGACACGGUCAUGAUUAAGAGUGGCACCAAAAGCAGCAACAAGACAGAAAGCACAACGUUAACGCACGCCACGAAAGAAAAAGUGGUCGAAAGGAAGAGGCAGAAGCACAGAAAGAGGACCAUGUCGCAUCGUCGAACGUCUGAAUGGAUAAAGGAGCUUUCGCAUGGAAGCUAUCCCGAUGAUGAGGCUUUGUUAUCUAAAUCUUGA